AUGAGGACCAAUCUCAGUCGGUUCACGGUAGCAUUCUCUGACCUCUCUUGGGAAUCUGCCUUGGGAGAUGAUGCAGAUAUCCCGAUGUUUCCGCAAGCAAGGCAGGUCGGUCAGUACCUGGCUACCUACAGUAACCGGUACAUCCCGCAGGAUGUGAUGAGACUGGGACAUCGAGUUGUCAAAACCGAACGCUCGGUGGGGACUGAUACUGCUUCCCGAUGGAGGGUCUCCUGGAUUGGAGAGAGUGUCCAAAAUGCCACGCAUGAAUCAGCCCCACAACCUGACAAGAUGGAGUCAGAAGACUUUGACUUGCUUGUUGUUGCAUCCGGAUACUUUUCCCGUCCAUAUAUUCCCGCACUGUCAGGACUCGAUCAGUUCACGGGCCGAGUCAUCCAUAGUUCCGCACUUGAAAAGGGCCGAAGCUCUCUUGACAACACAGAUACUCCAACUCGAGGAAACACCGUUGUAAUCGGUGGCAGCAUGUCAGGAGUCGAAUCUGCAUCUGCACUCGCUCUUCAAAAGGCUUCAUCUUGCAUCUCGGCAGACCCUACCCCUUACAGCCCACCAAAGCAUAAGGUGCAUCACAUACACUCUCGGCCGUUCUGGACCCUGCCGACCUAUCUCCCAUGCGAGACCUCCGAAGAUAAUGUAUCAUUUCUACCUCUAGACUUGGCAAUGUAUGAUCUGGGUCGUCGGCCACCGGGCCCAAUAGAGUACGCCCUAGGUCCUAUAUCGGAUGAGAAAACCGCCAAGACGAACAGUUAUUUCAGCUCCCUGCUCGGUGCCGAGUAUGAAAAUUUCGGACACAUGCCACCAAAAUCACCCUCAGGAGAGACAAACUGCCAGCCAUCAUGGGUAGCAAUAGGCAAUGACUAUGCGGAGUUCAUCCGAUCUGGAAUGAUAGAAGCGACAAUGGGCCGAGUCGUCUCCGUUAACCCAUCUUCCGAUGCGGGAGUCGCCUCAAUCAAUAUCGAGACUCCCAAUGGGCCCAAGACACUGGAGGAUGUCACCUCAAUCGUGGUGGCCACAGGCUUCACGCCCUUCGACUCACUUUCUUUCUUGCCAGACGAUGUCUUAUCCAGCCUGGAGUACACUGCAACAGACCCAUUCUUACCACUCAUCCUGGACAAAGGCGGCACCCUACGCUCUGAGAUACCAGAUUUAGGCUUUGUCGGAUUCUACCGCGGCCCCUACUGGGGAGUCAUGGAAAUGCAAGCCAGGUUGCUGGGCAAGGAGUGGGUUGGGCAACACAAUGACUUCAGCGGAACUGAGGACCAGAGAGAAAAUCUCCGAAUUCUGAGAAACCCCAGCGCGGAGAUUCGCCGGGGACAAUUUCCUAUGGGAGACUACGUAGGAUUGAUGGAGGCGUUUGCCAAGGAUCUGAACGUUGGGCGAACAGCCUUGUCGGUUGGUGAUAGUCGGUCUGGGCCAGUCCUGCCGGCUCGGUAUGCCUGUGGCAAGCAAGAACCCGAGGUUCAGCGUACUCUGGAUACUUUGCGAGCAAUGUCGCUUCAAGACCACCCCACAGCACAGGCAGCAGCAGCUCUGGCUGUGUUCAGAGCUUUACAUGGGACAUGGAAGUUCAUUCAGACAUCAGCGACUGGUGAAAAAGAGGGAUCUGGCACAGUGGCAUUCAUCCCGCGGUAUCCUUCAGACUCAUACGACAGAGAGUAUGUGUUGCAGGAACACCGAGAUACACCGUUGAUAGAAAGCCAAGCCCUAUCACACGAAACCGUGAUAUCGAUUUUUCGGCUGUCAGAAUCUGGUACCAGCGAUUCCAAUUCACGAAUCGAGAUAUGGUCUGCCAACAAUGACGCAAGCAUAGCAGCAGAUCGACUUUCGUGCAGUCUGCGCUUGACACCGCCGUUCCGUCACAAGGAAGGAAUGGGAGAAUACGUGAUUAAUGCACAUAGCAUCCACCCAAAUACUGACCAUGAGUCCACCGAAAAUGCAGCGCAAUUCACCUUCCAUUUCCAGGGAGUCUCUAUUACCGAGUGGGAAUGUGUUGAUCUAGGCGACAACAACGAGUACCAGAAAAACGCCGAGAGCCGACCUCUGCCCCGCCAACGAACUGUAUACAAGAGAUAG